UGAUUAACUGUUAUGUAGGCCGGUGGGGAUUAGCACAGGAUGAUACUGGCUUUUGCAAACAUUUCAUAUUUCAUUACAUCAAAUGAUGCUGUUUGGUUGUAGUGAAGAGAGGAGAAGCCGUUACAAUAGGCAACUCCAACCAUGGAGCACCGUUGCCGCAACACCGGUGAUGGAACAGGUGGCUGGACCACCUCUUCCAGAGAGGAUUGGCACCUACUACCAGACACCAAGACCCCAUCCCUGGAGACCAACGCUCGGAUACGAAAAUGUUGAAGUCACACCACUGCCUACCCAACCGGUGACAAACGCACUCAUGGAUCCUUGUUACACUCCGCACGGUAUGAGCACUGAACCAUUGAAGUUCCCGAAUUUGGUCACCGGCUUCGAAAGGAAUCCAGCUCAUGCAGCAAGAGCCGCCCUCUACACCAGAUACACCCCUCUGGAAUGGACGCACGGAAUCCUAAGAACGUACGGUGAAUCGGACACCAAUCGAAAUUACUCGGAGAGACUGCGUGGAGAGUUCAUCAGGGUGAUGCGAGAAACUGACGAGAAGACAGCAGGAGGUCAAAGGGAGUCCGGCAGGAGACUGGGCGAGCGAAUCACCGACACCACCUUCUGGAGGAACGAGGUGAAGACAGAAUUGGAACGUCUGCUGGGAUCCGCGCAUUGCCUGCAAGAAGGAAAAAGGAUGAUCGCGAAAGCCAUUGCAGAUAUCGAAGGACCUCUUCACAUAGCGCAAGAGUGUUUGUAUCUGCGAGAGAACAGACACGGCAUUGAUUUAGCGCACGACUCGCCCGAACAGGCGCUGCUGAAGGAAGUCGAAUUGUAUAGAAAUUCGCAGGCAACGCUGAAAUGCUUAGGUGAUAAGGUUACAUCGCAACUGUUGAACAAUCGUGCGGCUCAGCACGAGUUGGAGACGGACGUGAGAAGCAAGGAAGGCGCUUUGGGCAUCGACAACAUGUGCCAUCAAUUGAACAACUUCUCGAAGGGCAUCAACUAUUACGGCGGAAUCGAAAAAUUCAAUCCCACAGUGAGCACGACGACCACUUGGGCGGAGAACAGCAACCGCAUUGUGUUGAGAUCUCAGAGCGAAAGAGCUAAAUCGUCGCAGAUGUGCUCGGACGUCGAGAACAUGAUUAACAGUUUAUCCAGCGAAAUUUGGGAUUCCUGGAGCGUGACCAAUAACGCUUUGGCUAGAAGAGCAGCGGAAAUGCUGGAGGCCAAGAGCAAAAUCCAAAUGCAUUUGGCUAAAAUACAGCAAGAGAUCUUCGAAAUGGAGAAGAAUAUCGAAUUGCUGCGGAAAGCGAUCUUGGAUAAGAGCAACCCUAUGAAAGUAGCUCAGACGAGACUCGAGGCACGGACGCAUCGUAAAGAAGUGGAAUUGUGCCGCGACAUGGCCCAGGACAGAUUGGUGAAGGAAGUUCUCGAUAUGCAGGACAGCAUCGAGUAUCUGCACAGGAAACUGCAAGAGGCCGAAGCUCAACAUCAGCAGCUGCUGAAGACGCGUUCCAAUCUGGAGACUGAACUGCACAGCAAAGUCAACGCUCUCUUCAUCGACAGGGAGAAGUGCAUGGGGAUGCGCAGGUCCUUCCCCAUCACCGCCACAAUCAAAUACUAACAAUCGCAAUCGUCUCAUCAAACGCUUUAGUAAAUUCUCUUUGUAGUUGUCUAACAAUUAAAUAAAUAUUUAUU